CAACUCGUUCAGAAGCUCCGUUAAUUUUUCUUGAACUAUCUUCUCGAUUGGUUAUAUCAGGUUAUUAUGAUAUAAUUCAUACUUAAGAACGAAUUCGAGUAACAUUAUUAAUGGAUAAUUAGACUAAAGUGCCAUUAUACUAAGAUGUAUUCAAGAUCUUACAGUAACGAUAUAGUGAUUUAUUUAUUAGCUGCCUUACUUAUUAGAUUAGGUUUGGUAGGUUAUGGUGAAUGGCAAGAUAGGAACAUGGUUCUAAAAUUCACUGAUGUAGAUUAUCAAGUUUUUACAGAUGCUGCAAAAUUUGUUCAUCAGGGAGAAUCACCAUAUAAUAGAGCAACUUACAGAUACACACCAAUAUUAGCUUUCAUCUUAACACCUAAUAUCUUUUUAUCACCAAUAUUUGGUAAACUAGUGUUUGUAAUAUGUGAUGUGAUAACAGGAUACCUAAUAUAUCGUAUAAUGAAACAUGUUAGAUAUUCAACUCAGCAAGCAAUUAUAUACUCUUCAAUGUGGCUCUUUAACCCCUUACCAAUAGCUGUGUCUGCUCGAGGGAAUGCUGAAUCUGUGAUGACCAUGUUGGUGUUAUUAACAAUGAUGUCAUUGUAUCAUGAAAAUGUGCUUCUAACAGCCAUAUUGUAUGGACUAACAGUUCAUUUUAAGAUUUAUCCAAUAACUUAUGCAUUAACAAUAUAUUUAUGUCUGUCUCCAAAAAUAGUUCACCGUGAUACCUUCUCAAGGAAACUUAUUAAACUUUUGUUACCUAAUAAAAGAAGACUUGUGUUUGGGAUUGUGAGUGUUUUGACUUUGUCAGUUCUAACAGUUGUAUUUUAUCAUUGGUAUGGGUGGAAGUUUUUAUAUGAGUCCUACUUAUAUCAUAUAGUCAGGAAGGAUAUACGCCAUAAUUUUUCCCCCUAUUUUUAUAUGUUAUACCUAACAGCUGAACAAGAGUCUGAGUUGUGGAUCAAACUUUUAGUAUUUUUACCCCAGCUCAUAUUAGUACUGACUUUCUCUGUCAAAUAUUACCAUGAUAUUCCCUUUAGUUGGUUUCUUAUUACCUUCAUAUUUGUGACAACCAAUAAAGUGUGUACUUCACAGUACUUUUUAUGGUAUCUUAGUAUAUUACCAUUAAUAAUACCAUCUAUACAGUUAUCAUGGAAACAAGCUGUAGUGUUGAUAGUACUAUGGUUUCUUGGCCAGGGGUUAUGGCUACAGCCAGCAUAUUUAUUAGAAUUUCAAGGACAGAAUAUGUUUGUAUGGAUAUGGCUAGCUGGAUUGUUAUUCUACAGCAUUAAUUGUAGUAUUAUUUAUUAUAUUAUAUAUUAUUAUAAACCAUUAUUGCCUGUACCUCAGCUAAAAUCAAAGAAAAAAUAAAAUUUACAUGUGAUUUUUGUUACAUUUAUUUUCUUUGUAAAUUCCUGCAUAAGAGAAAAAAAUCAUGAAACAUGCAAGAUUUGCAUUUCAGAUUGUUAACAUUAAUAAGGUAAACUGAGUUAAUAAUUGAACAUGUAUUAAAGAGCUAUGUUAUUUCAUUAUUAUUCACAUAGCAGUUAGACUAUUACAUUAUUCACAUUAGCUCAAAACCAAUCAUAUUUUACAUCAUUAAAAUCAGAAUUGAUUAAGCUAUUCAAUGAUACUUGCAGAUGAAGUUUACCUUCACACAAUUUGUGUGUUUAAUGAUAUCACAUAGGCUAUUCCUUCAUAUGACGUUGCCAUCUUAUCAAUGGAUGACAUAAUGUGUCUUACGAUUUGUUCAAAAUGAGGCAAGACUAUGGGCAUGAAUAACGUUUAUAAUGGGAAUUCAUCCCCUAUUCAUAUCACCAUAACUACAGUAGGUCAAUUAUAUUAAUGCUUUAGAUGCUUUACAAAAUGUACUGAGUAGCUUAACCAUUAACAUGCAGCAGGAAACAAAUACCACAAUAGUCUUGGCAAUAUCUCUUCAAAUGCCCCAUUAAAGAAAAUGAAUGUUUCCAAUGUUUUGACACAG